CAUUUUGUUCUCAAAGCCGCCGCGUGCUGAGGUAGAAUUGGAGAAUGAAGCUACUUUCUUCUGCUUCUGUGCUGCCUGUUGCUCAUUUCUGCUUCAUCUUGAUCUUCAUCUUCUUCGUAUCAUCAGUUGGAGAAUCUAGAGCACAAAACCCAACCACUGAUCCAUCUGAAGUAGCUCCACGUGGUCCCAUGAAAUCUCUAGCCAAAACACCUUCACGCGGCUGUAAUUUGGAGGCGAGCGGGCAAGCCAGAUCCUUCGCCGUGAAGGCCCUGGCCUCCAGGAAACCGAGACCUUCCUCUUCGAGUGCAAUUUAUCCCACAUCUGGAAUGAGAGCAUUGAACUCAAUCUUCCAACAAUGGGGCAUACAGGCACCGCCGAAUUCCUGGAAUAUCAGCGGCGAACUAUGCAAUGGAACUGCUCUGAGCCAGGACGACACCGUUUUCGAAGAUCCUUCCAACAAUCGGGCCAUCAGAUGCGAUUGCACCUUCGAUAAUGGCACCACCUGCCACAUCAGCAGACUGAAAGUGAUUGCACUGAACAUACGAGGGGUGAUGCCGGAGGAGCUUUUGGCUUUCAAAUUCUUAACCUAUCUGAACCUCCAGCAAAAUUACUUUACCGGUACCUUGCCGGCAUGGAUUGGAAAUUUAUCUACAUUGCAGUCGUUGUCUAUUGCCUACAAUGCAUUCUCUGGGCCCAUUCCUAAGGAGCUCGGAAAUCUUAAGGAGCUAACUGUGCUUAUUUUACCAGGAUUGAAUUGCCUUCAAAGAAGCUUCCCGUGCAACAGGAACCCUCCACUCUAUGCAAACUUCUCAAUCAAGUGUGGUGGGUUGGAGACGACUGCUGAUGGGAUAAAAUAUGAGGCUGACAACUCUUUUCUCGGCACAGCAUCAUUUAAUGUAAUUGGUUCUGAGAAAUGGGCAGUUAGCAUUGUGGGUUCUUUUUCUGACAGAAGUAAUCAAAUCUAUGUGCAAAACCGCCAAAACACCUCAGCACAAAUGAGAAACACAAACUCGCCUCAGCUUUAUCAGACUUCGAGGAUAUCCCCUGGAUCACUCAGAUACUAUGGCUUAGGCCUAGAGAAUGGGCCUUAUACAGUUAACCUGCUUUUUGCAGAAACAGCUUUCAAAGAUCAAAGCACACAAACUUGGGAGAGUCUGGGAAGGCGAGUUUUUGAUAUUUAUAUUCAAGUAAAUGUUCAGAUUGCAUUUGUGGAUCAUUUUAUUCAAGUCCUCAAUGGAACCAUCAUAUUGAAGGAUUUUGACAUAUCGAAAGAGGCAGGUGGAGUUGACAGAGCAAUCACUAAGAAUUUCAAUGCUACUGUGACAGAGAACUAUCUUGAAAUUCAUCUAUUCUGGGCUGGUAAGGGAACAUGCUGCAUACCAGAACAAGGUUACUAUGGAUCAUCCAUUUCAGCAAUCAAUGUGGUAUCAAAUCUCACACCAAGUGGGAUUCCCCCACGUACAGCAAAAGAGAAUAGGAUUGGGUUGAUUGUUGCUGUUGCAGUUCCUGUCGGAGUUGUCACUUUCACCUUGAUAUUGAUAUUUGGAGUCUUCUAUUUGAGAAGGAGAAAAGAUGAUGGUGAGGAUGACCUUCUUGGAAUAGGGCCCAGACCAAACACCUUCAGUUAUGCUGAGUUGAGAGGUGCAACAGAUGACUUCAGUCCCUCAAAUAAGUUAGGAGAAGGGGGAUUUGGUCCGGUAUACAAGGGUAAACUUUCUGAUGGGCGGGUAGUAGCUGUGAAGCAGCUUUCAGUAGCGUCUCACCAAGGGAAUAAUCAAUUUGUUACUGAGAUUGCUACCAUAUCAGCAGUGCAACAUCGCAACCUUGUUAAACUGUACGGAUGCUGCAUUGAAGGAAACAGACGCCUCCUUGUUUAUGAGUAUCUUGAGAACAAAAGCCUUGACCAAGCACUCUUUGGAAAUAAAGACUUGCAUCUUGAUUGGCCAACCCGCUUCAGUAUCUGCCUGGCAACUGCUAGGGGACUAGUUUAUCUUCAUGAGGAAUCAUGGCCAAGGAUCGUACACAGAGAUGUGAAGGCAAGUAACAUUUUGCUUGAUGCUGAGCUCUGUCCAAAAAUAUCUGACUUUGGAUUGGCAAAACUAUAUGAUGACAAGAAAACUCACAUCAGUACCCGUGUUGCAGGAACCAUUGGCUAUUUGGCACCAGAGUAUGCAAUGCGUGGGCACCUCACUGAGAAGGCAGAUGUUUUUGGCUUUGGUGUUGUUGCUUUGGAAAUUGUCAGUGGCAGACCAAACUCUGACAACAGCCAGGACAAAGACAAGAUCUAUCUUCUUGAAUGGGCAUGGACUCUGUAUGAAAGCAAUGAAAGUCUAGGUCUGGUGGAUCCAACCCUAGUGAAGUUUGAUGAAAAUGAAGCUUUGAGAAUGAUAAGAGUGGGACUCUUGUGUACGCAAGCAUCGCCAAUGAUGCGACCACCCAUGUCAAGGGUCGUAGCUAUGCUUGCUGGGGAUAUUGAAGUAAGCCCUGUUGCCUCAAAACCAAGUUAUUUAACUGACUGGGAUUUUCAGGACAUAACAACCAGCUCCAUGGCUGAAAACACACAGUCUACUGGAUCUGAGCACAGUAACAAGCACGAGAACAAUCUUAAUUCAGAGAUAAAGCCGGUGCCUUCUCCAUUAAAUAUGACUGAAUUCAGUGACGUCAUUGGGGAAGGAAGGUGAGAGAUGUGAUGUUCUUUCUUGCAAGCUCCAUUUUGCUACUUUUCCUACUUCUACCUCUGCUACAUACUAGUUCUGUAUGUUGAUCAUUUCUCUCUGUGUGAACUGAACAAGAUAAUGAAAUAUUGGCAUGCAAUAAGGCUGUAGUGUGCAGUGUUUUUAACUUAGGAUGUCAUUCCUAUCGUGUAGUAAUAAUACUCUUCAAAUCUGCAGGAUUGUUUGCAAUUCCCCACCGUUAUGUCAAGUUAUAAUAAGAAAUAACCCUUUCA